GAUUCAAGAUGAGUCAAAAUAAAGAUCAGGAGUGACAUUUGGAACACAACCAGAAGUCAGAGGGUAUUUUCCGUGAAAGCUGAACACCCCACCACACAGUCAUCAUGUAUGGUGCAACAAAAGAUGAUAUUUAUGCAUAUGCCCUGUCCAAGACCCUGGCAAAAGUUUCAUCACCUGCGACUGUAGGUCUCUACUCCUCAUGUCAGAAUCGAAUUAACAUGAUCCUUGGAAAAAUGGAAGUGUACAUGAACAAGGAGGCUGUGAGGAUUGAGAAGGAGUACAAGGGAAGGCCUCGCUCAGUUAAGCCUUCAUUUACGGGCUUUCUAGCACUCAUUGGCCGACUGCUCUUCUACAGGCCCAUUUGGACUGAGGAGAACCAGAGGCACCAGGACAUCAGGUUCAUUUAUGUGCAUUUUAGUGCCUGGCAUUUUGCAGGCAGUGACCUGCUUUGGGCUGGGCUAGCCAUACGAUUGUUUCAGGCCAUGCAGUUGAACUUUGGGAAAUUACAGCUUGUGCUUUACCGCGUGGUUCAACAUGACGAAGAGGACGAAAUCAAGAAGAAGAUUGUAGAAAAUGGUCCUAGCAGUUGGAGGUCUAAGAAAAUUUGUUGCUGCCCUCUGUGGUUUCUGGUCCUGUCCAUUCUUGUGGUACCAAUUAUCAUCAUGGUAUUCCUGUUGACAUUUGGCCUUCCCAAACCUGAAGUGAAACCAGACGAGGGGGUGGAUGGAACAGAUGGCCAGGUGGGUAUGCUGGAGGGCCUGGCCAUUGCUGCUUUAGGAGUCCCAGCAGCAAGCGCACUUAGGUUUAUCUAUCUAAUGGUUAAGAACCUUAUCUUCAGCCAGGACCUGAACAUUAAGAAGGGGAUGGACAAUCAACAGAUCAGCAGCCAACUGGGCUUCAUGAAUGAGGUGAGGAAGGAAAUGUGGUUACUGUCUCGCUUCAUCCAGUUUAUGGAGAUUUUUGAGAGGAGAAGGAUUCGAGUUGUGCUGAAGAUCACCAGUCUGGACCGGUGCUCCCCCAAGAAAAUUGUUGCAGUUCUGGAAGCCAUCAACAUUCUGCUUUCAGAUGAGGAGAGUCCAUUUAUUUCAAUUCUGGCAGUAAACCCAGAUGUUCUUGUACAAAAAGUGAAUUUUGCAGACAGCUGCUUUAGCAAAGAGGACAGAGCUUAUGCGCUGUUGAACCGCAUAGUGACUCUUGGCUACACUGUCCCACCACUGUGUAGUGAUUCAAAGUGCAGUUUAUUUUACAGCCUUACAAGCAAUUCAAAAUUCUCUGUGGAUAAGGGCAUGGGAAAAGAUGAAGAUAGAACUAUGGACCAUGAAGAGACAUCUUCCUCAGAUGGAGGAGAAGUGCAUAUUCCACUGGAAGAUUUAAAUCCACUGCUCGGUAAAACUACAACAUCACUGGAUGUAAAUGAAAACGAAGUAGAGAUGCUGGUUGAGAGCGCCCUCACCUGCAAUAAAAGAAAAAUUAACAAGUACAUGUUAGAUGAUGCCAUGUCUAUGAGGAGGGUGAUCAACUCCAUUCGAGUGACUGUGAUCAUCAUGAAGGCCUUGAAACAAGAGCUUCCUCAACCAGAAAACAUUGCAGCGUGGGUGGUCUUAGCCAAUCAGUGGCCCUGCCGACUCAGCUGGAUCAUCCAGUGUGUGGAAGAUGCUCAGCAAAGAGCAGAUAUUGAUCGUAAGAAUGCAGCCAACACUGAUGGUUCAAAGACCUUAUGGAACGUCUUCAGUGAGUCCAGGGCUGAGCUGUAUGUGAUGAGUGCACAGAUCGAGGACCUCCUGGAGCAGGACGGAGAUCCUGAGCUGUUUGAAAGAUUUCUGGCAGUAGAUUUCCGAUUCACCAUAAAUGACUUGAAGACGUUUGAAGUGGCGACAGUAAACCUGGAUCAUACAAUUAAAAAGGAGCUGGCUAAGAUCAGAGGGACAUCCAGGCUGAAAGAUUCUGGUUGGAUGAGGGACCUAGCUCCUCUGCCCAUCACAACUAUCAUCAAAAUGGAUACAGAGGAUGUAUGCAGAGAGUUGGAGAGGAUGAAGUACCCCAGCAAGUAUAUUGAUAUCGUGAAAAGCAAUGACCUCAAUGGUUCAGCACUGCUCUUUGGCAAUGCAGAUGACCUUAAAGAGCUCCUAGGUAUGACCUUUGGCGAAUGGGCAACUUUCAAACUUCACUUCCUGGGCUUACCAUCACAUCUCCGAUCACAAUACAGGAACAUGCCGCUGACACCUUCUCAUCUCUCUCACAACCACCUUUUGAGAAAUAACGCACAUUUUCCCCAUCAUUACUCGUCUAAUCCCAAUCUGCUUGAUAGCUAAAGUCAUAUUCUGCAUG